GGAAAUCCCAGCGUGGAGGCCGCUGGCGGGAGGGGAUGCGGGAGGCUGGUGACUGGGAAUCAACAUGGGGAAUCUCUUCGCUCGAAAAAGACGUAGUCGGGUUACCGAGCAAGACAAAGCUGUCCUGCAACUAAAGCAACAAAGAGACAAGCUGAAGCAGUACCAAAAGAAGAUCACAUUACAGCUGCAACGUGAGCGGGAGUUGGCCAAGCAGUUACUACAUGAUGGCAAAAAAGAGAAAGCCAAAUUAUUGCUAAAGAAGAAAAGAUACCAGGAACAGCUUCUGGAGAAAACGGAUAACCAGAUCAGCAACCUGGAAAAAAUGGUUGAUGACAUAGAGUUUGCCCAAAUUGAAAUGAAAGUGAUUGAAGGAUUGAAAGUGGGAAAUGAGUGGCUGAAGAAAAUGCAUGAGGUUAUGUCUAUUGAGGAAGUAGAGAAGAUCAUGGAAGAGACGCAAGAGGGCAUUGAAUAUCAGAGGCAAAUUGAUGAGAUGCUUUCAGGAAGCCUGACUGCUGAGGAUGAAGAGGCAAUUCUAGAAGAACUAGAAGCUAUUACUCAGGAAGAUCUGGAGCUUCCCGAGGCCCCUUCAGAGCCUCUUUCAGACACUGUACCAGAGAAACAAGCCGUCAAGAACAGGCCAAAACCACAGCUGGUUGCUGCGUCUUAACUGUGUGUCCUGUGACAUGUGACAAAUGAACCUCAAGUAUUCAGGAUGAAAGUAUCAAGCAGAAACAUACUGAGCAUAACAACUUUAACUUCCCUACAGUGCGAGGCAUAAAGGCUAAGCCCGAAGGCUGUGCAACUGUAUCUUGAAUAGUCUACAGAAGUUACUCCAAAUCUUGGGCGUCUGAACUAUAUUUUUUUUUCUGGGACCUCUAAUAAUGUUCUCCUGCAGCAGAGGAUUCUCUGGGUUUUAUGAUGAAUUAGAAACCAAUUUUCUAGCAUAAUUAAAAAUAGUUGAGGGAUUUUUGUUUGACUUUUUUUUUAAUCCAACUGGUAUUUACAACUUUGAUUUUUUUCUCAGUACCAGUGUUUUAAAAGGACUGUUCUCCUUAGAAAAAGAAGAUAAACGUAUGAAAUAAACAUUAAGGGACAGACUAGAA